AAACGAUCGACGGUCGAUUAGACUAUUGGGUUAAUUCAAAGCACAUGAAAAACCGUGGGUCGCUAGAAAUACCAACUAGUCUCCGCGCCAGCAGUGGUAACCACCUCAGUGAUGUCGGUCCACCCACAGACCUACGACAAAAUACAUAUUGAUUAGGUUACACAACUGCACGUUAGCUAUAUGGGCUACGUAACACAUAACUAGGGCGUGGAGAGAGAAAGAAAACAACCUUACAUAAAAGGGACGACUCAGGCAUUCAAACACAGAAACAUAACACCAUACUGGACACAUCCGAUCUUGUCUGUGCGUUUUCCGAUUCAAUACAAGUUCUUUUAUUGCCUAGUAAGGCGGCUAGAGCCCAUACAGACAGCCGGUGUUGAACAGAAUUGAUAGAUAUGCUUCUGCGUAAAUUCAGUCUCAGUCCAGCUUUGUGCAGUAAUGCCCUUCGCCUUGCUCCUGUGAUAACCGGGGGUCAGCGUCCGCUUGGAGCCAUAGCCGUGCAAAAUGCUCGUCUGUAUGCCAGUGAGUCCGCAGAGGUGGUGUUGGAGAAGUCAGAGGUGGGCAGUGAGAGUCCCGCAAAGGCUGCCACAGAGAAGAAGCCACGCAGCGUGGAAUCCAAAUCCUUUGCCGUGAACAUGUUCAAGGGCCAGAUCAGCACUGCACAGGUGUUCCCUUUCCCCUCAGUGAUGAAUGAGGAUCAGAUCGAGUUCCUCAGAGAGCUGGUGGGACCUUUCUCCAAAUUCUUUGAGGAGGUUAAUGACCCAGCGAAGAAUGAUGCUUUGGAGAAGGUGGAGGAUGGCACCAUGGAGGGGCUGAAGGAGAUGGGGGCCUUCGGUCUGCAGGUCCCGGCUGACCUGGGUGGCUUAGGCCUCACCAAUACGCAGUAUGCCAGGCUGGUGGAGAUUGUGGGCAUGCACGACUUAGGCGUGGGCAUUACCCUGGGUGCCCAUCAGUCCAUCGGCUUCAAGGGCAUCCUGCUUUUCGGCAACAAAGCCCAAAAGGAGAAAUACUUGCCAAAGCUGGCCACAGGGGAGACUAUCGCUGCGUUCUGUCUGACUGAACCAGCCAGCGGCUCUGAUGCUGCAUCCAUCAAGACCACAGCUGUAUGCUCCCUCUGCGGUCAGUACUUCACCCUGAACGGCGGCAAGAUCUGGAUAAGUAAUGGUGGUCUGGCUGAGAUAUUCACAGUGUUUGCAAAGACGCCCAUGAAAGAUGAGAAGACUGGAGAGAUGAAAGACAAGAUCACCGCCUUCGUCGUGGAGAGAGGCUUCGGUGGGGUGACUCACGGUCCUCCAGAGAAGAAGAUGGGCAUCAAGGCGUCCAACACGGCGGAGGUGUACUUCGAUAACGUGCGCGUGCCAGCGGACUGCGUGCUGGGGGAGGUGGGCGGCGGCUUCAAGGUGGCCAUGAACAUCCUGAACAACGGCCGCUUCGGCAUGGCCGCCGCUCUGUCCGGCACCAUGAGGGGCGUCAUCGCCAAGGCUGUGGAUCAUGCUGCCAACAGGACACAGUUUGGGAAUAAAAUCCAUAACUUUGGAGCGAUCCAGGAGAAGGUGGCCCGCAUGGCUAUGCUGCAUUAUGUCACAGAGUCCAUGGCCUACAUGGUCAGCGGUAACAUGGACAGCGGAGCUUCAGAAUUCCAAAUUGAAGCCGCCAUCAGCAAGAUCUUCGCCUCUGAAGCAGCCUGGACUGUGACUGAUGAGUGCAUUCAGGUCAUGGGAGGCAUGGGCUUCAUGAAGGACUCAGGGGUUGAGAGGGUGAUGAGAGACCUGAGGAUCUUCCGAAUUUUCGAGGGCACCAAUGACAUUCUCAGGCUAUUUGUGGCCCUCAACGGCUUCCAGAACGCAGGCAACCAUCUGAAGAGCUUACAGAAGGCCCUGAAGAACCCGCUGGGCAAUGCUGGACUGCUGGCUGGAGAGAUUAGCAAGAGGGCCAAGAGGAAGGCGGGCUUGGGGACAGGUCUGUCACUGCAGGGGGUGGUUCACCCUGAACUGGCACAGAGUGGAGAGCUGGCAGUGAAGGCCAUUGAGCAGUUUGGAAGCACCAUUGAAGACUUGUUGCUAAAAUAUGGCAAGAAGAUCAUUGAUGAGCAGUUUGUACUGAAAAGAGUGGCUGACAGUGCCAUCGACCUGUACGCCAUGGUGGUUGUCCUGUCCAGGGCAUCUCGCUCCCUGGGCCAGGGUCUCCCCACUGCCCAGUAUGAGAAGAUGCUGUGUGACACCUGGUGCAUUGAGGCCCAUGACAGAAUAAUGAGUAACAUCAAGGCCUUGACAUCCAGCUCCACCAGGCAGGUGUUCAAGAACAUGAGAGCCAUCUCCGUGGCGGUGGUGGAGAACGGCAACGUCGUAUCGCCACACCCCCUGGGUUUCUAACCUCUAUUCCUCACGCUCAAACAGGGUUUAGACUGAUGACAUUCAGUGUGAGCUUGGAUACAGAAAAUCUCAGGGCAUUUGAAGCCAGAGACAAAAAAAAUCUGUCAUGGUUGAAGGAAACACUGAAACUGUACAAAGUACAAAGCUCAGUUAAUAAUUCAGGACAUCAGUUCUAUACUGGCACUACAAGCUUUUGACUUCAUGUACCUUUUUAAAAGUCCACAGAGCUGUGCUGCUAAGGGUUUUGUAUCUUCUAGGUGGCAUUAAUAGCAGAGAAAUCAGUGUAUACACUGGAGCUGGCCUCCACAGCACAUCCUUCGGUUUGUGUCAUGUUCUACAUUUACCAAAUGCUCCAAGGCAUAGAGACUCUCAGGUUUGUCUUCAUUUGAAUGUUUAGCAAAUAAGUUUCCAACCAUUUGUGGGAAUUUGAAUCCGCCACUCCAGCUUUCAGUGUCUCAAACAUUUCACCUUAAACAUCCAUCUCACCACCUGUAAGGUUUUACAGUGAUGAUUGCCGUCUUCACAGUAGAUGCCUUAUUCCCAGCGUAGACGGUGCUGGGAUACCGAAAUGUUCUGACUCUUCAUGAACAGCGGGUAACACAUACAGGCAAAGCUGCGGUAAGCUAAUCAUGAAAAUUAUGACUCACUAAUGCCUCAGACCAUUUCCGAGAAGCGACAUAAUGUACAGCGUUCAGGUGUACCACAGUAGUGCUCCUCUCACAAAGUAAAUCUGCAGUGGUACUCAUGCCAAAAGACACUGCUGCCCUGGGAUGAGAAUCUCACUCACACUCACGAGUAUCUGAUGUUAUCUUGCAGUUGGCAGGACUUAAUGCUGUGCAUUAUCUAUAACUAUGCGCACCCCCUGCAUAUCAC